AUGCCGUUCACUUUGUUGAAGCUCACCAUGAAAAACUGGCCGCUAGGUAAAAUCAUGUGUAAGAUCGUGCCUUUUGUUCAUAUGACGGACGUUUUUGUCUCCACGGCUACCAUUGUAGCCAUUGCGGUUUAUCGACAUCGCUGCAUCGUGUACGCCAAGAAAAAGUCCUCGUCCAAACGGACGAUCGUAUACACGUUAGUGAUGUUGUGGGCCAUCUCUCUGGCUCUCUCUCUCCCAGUGUUCAUCUUCUCAGAGGUUAGACCCAUACAGAUGAUGCACACCUUGGUCCGCUAUGAUAUAUGCAUGGAAGUCUGGCCCUCCGGUAAGAUUCGAGGUCUUUACACCAUUUUGCUGGUUGUAGUUCAGUAUCUUCUGCCGCUUGUAGUCAUCAGCAUUUUGCAUAGCAGAAUUUGUCACUUCCUGCGUCUGCGAAUCACGGAAAAUCCCAUCACACGGCGAAAUUUCGAGAGGUCUUUGAGAGCCAUCCAUCGGCAUCGGAAAAACAUGACCAUUCUCACGUCCAUUGCGAUGACCUUUGGGAUCACGUGGUUGCCGUUAACCGUUCUGAACAUUAUGGCCGAUUACGACUACCGUAUUUUUCUAGAAAGCAACUUUAAUCUGGCCUACGCUAUCUGUCACCUGACCGCCAUGUUGUCGGCCUCGCUGAACCCAAUCAUAUAUGGAGGACUUAAUCCUAACUUCAGAGAGGAGUUUUUGUCGGUGCUUCUUUGUACGAGACUGCGUUCAAGGAAAGGCGAGGAUUCAAUCGACGAAGGUGUCUUUAAUCUGCGUGUAAUAGGAAUGGAUGGAUCGACUCCAUCCAAAUCGUCCAGUGGCACGAACUACAGGAGUAUUGUAUUCAACAGCGGUUGA